AAUUUUAGGACGAGCCCUUUGGCGAUCACACUCUGGUGCUGAUUCUUUCAUUGUCGUGCGGUACUCGUGCCAUCAGAAGUCAAAGAAGGGAAAUGGGAUAUACAAAACGUCUGCAGACUCUGAAAUACAUACGAGGGUUUCUUGCCUUCUUGGAGGAAGAUAAACACGCCAUGGCUCCUGGGCGUAAAUGUCGACCAAAAGGGGUGAAGAUGACCGGUGACUAAAAUUAAUCGACUAAAGCUCACUGAAGAGUUAAUGGAUCGUCCUAGAUAUUCGGUUGAUAUGGGUAACCUCGAGCGCAACCGAACGAAAGAGCUUGCGAGGAAGAGAUCCCGCAAAGGUAAAUCACAUAUCGGCUCUUCAUCUCAAAGUCAAGAUGAUUUUGAUACGGGUUACGUAAGGAGGGAUGGGGAUGCGAUGACCGACGAACAACUAGAACAAGAAUUGCAUCGGCAUAAUUCCCGCUUUUUUCAAGACCAACCGAGGACCAUUGACGAAGAAGAGCUCGAGGACGAGGACGACGAUGUGGAGGAAGCAAUUCCGGAGAGCCACGACGACGAGGAGGAGGGUGGCGGCAGCCAUGACGCCGAUCAAGCAGCCUCAUCCCAAACAGGUACAAAAAAAAGUAAAUCUGAAUUAAUGGCUAAUAAUUUUUCUAAGUGGAAGGACCCGAACACCGGGAAUUGGACCGCAACUUGCAAUUGGUGCAAGAAAAACUAUAGCUUGGGGAUUUCCGGCGGAUACGGAUCCGCCACAAGACACCUUAAGUCCAAACACCCGGUGGAGUAUGCAAAAUUAGGCGGCGGAACGGGGAAGCAAACGCAAAUAUCGAGGUUUGCAAAUAACCAACAAGCUUUUGGUAAUUUCUCAUACAAUGAUGCACAAAAUUUGACAGGUAUGGCUAACUUACUUGUUGAAGAAAAUUUGUCUUAUUUGUUUUCUGAAAGUCUUGCUUUUCGUGAUUAUGUACAAACUUGUUUAAAUCCGCAAUAUAGAGGUUAUAGUCGCAAAACGGUUAAGAAAGAAAUUUCAAGGCUUUAUGGUGCGGAAAAGGUAAGGUUACAAAAUUAUUUUGCAAACUUUGAUGGACGUGUUACUGUAUGUUCUGACAUAUGGGAGGAUACUUAUCAUAAUUUACAUUAUUUGGGUCUGACUGUACAUUAUAUUGAUAAUGAUUGGCAUAUGCAUAAACGUGUUCUUGCUUUCCGUGAAUUUAAUGAUCGUCACACCGCUGAACAUAUUUAUAUUUUGAUUGAACGUAUUUUAAUUGAGUAUAAUUUAAUUGAUAAGGUGUUUGCUAUUGGUUUUGAUAAUGCUACUAAUAAUACUGCUGCUAUUCCUAGAUUGCGUGAAUUGUGUGGUUCUACUUCUUUGAUUGGUAGAUUUUUUCAUCAACGAUGUGCAUGUCAUGUUCUAAAUUUAUGUGUGCAAGAUGGUCUAAAAGCGUUGGGAGCAUCGUUGGAGGUAGUCAAGGGGGGGAUUAGACGUAUUUGGGGUAAUGGACAACUUAGAAAAAAAUGGCAUGAUUAUUUGAUAGAAAGAGGUGAGAGAUAUGUGGCUUUUCCAAAAGAUUUGUCUAUUCGUUGGAAUAGUACCUAUAAGUUAAUUGGAGUUCUUCUUAGAUAUAAACAACAUUUUCCUGCUUUUAUGAAACAAUAUGAUAACUAUAUUAUAAACUCGGCUGAGAUCGACAUCUGUGAAAAAAUUUGUAAUGCUUUGAUAUAUUUUAAUAAUGCAACUGAAACUUUUAGUCAUGUUUAUAAACCUACCUCAAACCAAUUUAUUCGUGAAGCUGUUAAUCUCGCCGGUGCUUUUUCAAAUUUUGAGAAUGCUGAUUAUGUGAGUUAUUUUGCUGGUUUUAUGAAGGAAAAUUUUUUAAAAUAUUAUUCACAUAUUCCGCAUAUUUAUGGUAUUGCAUUUGUUCUCGAUCCUCAUUUUAGACUUGGUUCUUUAGAAGAAUGUUUGAAUUAUUAUUAUGCUGCUUUUUUUGGUCCAUUGCCAAUGUAUGAGGACAACCCAAUUGAUCAGAAAAAAGAAUACAACGAGGUUAGUGAUAUAUUUUAUGCAUUAUUCAAUGAGUUUCAUGCACAAUAUGGCAAUGCGCCCCCUCCCCCGACACAAACAUCAUCUAAAGGAAAAUCAAUUUUCAAAUCUACGUUUGCCAAUCUUAUUAAAAAAACAAAAUCAACUCCCGCUACACAACAAAGCACAAUUAAUGAAAUUUCUUUGUAUUUAUCUUAUGAUGUUGAUUUUGAAGAAGAUGAUGAUUUUGACGCACUAAACUGGUGGAAGGGAAAAGAAAGAAUGUUCCCGAUUUUAGCAAAGAUGGCUAAGCAAGUGUUAUCAAUGCCGGUUUCAACGGUUACCGUGGAACAAGAAUUUAGUUCGGCCGGCAAUGUUCUAACACAAACCAGAACGAGGUUGAGCGCUGAAUCUCUUGAGAUGCUUAUAUGCUACCACGAUUGGUUGAAAGCAGCACGUAGAGCUCAAGAAAUUGACAUCACUCCAUCCCAACACUUUAUGGAUGAAUCUACAACAGAUGGUGGCUCUACCUAUGCCGGAGAUUCCGAUUAAAAACAAUUAUAGUUCCUAUUUAAUUUUCAAAUGUAGUUCCUGUUUCAUUUGAAAUAAAUGCACUUGAAG